AUGGGGCUCCCUCGUGGGUCCCUCGCGAUCCUCCUCUUCCACUUCUUCCUCCUGCUCCAGGUGUGCUGGCUGCCGUGCGCGUCCUCCGAGCCGUGCCCGGCGGACUCCGGGGGAGCUGGAGUGACCUUGGAGGCGGGAGGAGCGGAGCUGGAGCCGGGCCAGGCUCCGGGGAGAGUUUUCAUGGGCUGCCCUGGGCAAGAGUCAGCCCUGCUUAGCACUGAUCACGAUUUCACUGCACUGAACGACACAACAGCCCAGGAAAGCAAGUCUCUGAGGAUCUCCCCACCCAAACGUAUCUUACGAAGACGCAAGAGAGAAUGGGUGUUCCCACCGCUGUCUGUCCCUGAGAAUGGCAAGGGCCCCUUCCCUCAGCGGCUGAAUCAGCUCAAAUCUAGUAAGGACAGAGGCACCAAGAUCUUCUACAGCAUCACAGGGCCUGGGGCAGACAGUCCCCCUGAGGGUAUCUUCACCAUAGAGAAGGAAACAGGCUGGCUGUUACUGAAUAAGCCAUUGGACCGGGAGAAGAUUGCCAAGUAUGAGCUCUUCGGCCAUGCCGUGUCAGAGAACGGCGCCUCCGUGGAAGAGCCCAUGAACAUCUCCAUCAUCGUGACAGACCAGAAUGACCACAAGCCCAAGUUCACCCAGGAUGUCUUCAAAGGGAGCGUCUUGGAGGGAGCACUGCCCGGUACCUCUGUGAUGCAGGUGACAGCCACCGAUGAGGACGAUGCCGUCAACACCUACAAUGGGGUGAUUGCCUACUCCAUCCAUAGCCAGGAGCCAAAGGACCCUCCUAACAUGUUCACCAUCCACCGGAGCACAGGCACCAUCGGCGUCAUCGCCAGUGGCCUGGACCGGGAGAAAGUCCCUCAGUACACGCUGACCGUCCAGGCCACCGACCUGGACGGCGAAGGCUCCACCACCACGGCGGUGGCCAUCGUGGAAGUCCUCGACGCCAAUGACAACGCUCCCGUGUUUAAUCCCCAGAAGUAUGAGGCUCGUGUGCCCGAGAACGCGGUGGGCCAUGAGGCCCAGAGGCUGACAGUGACUGAUCUGGACGCCCCCAACUCACCGGCAUGGCGUGCCACCUACCGCAUCUUGGAUGGUGACAGUGGGGACCAUUUUACCAUCACCACCGACCCUGAGAGCAACCAGGGUAUCCUGACAACCAAGAAGGGCUUGGAUUUUGAGGCCCAAACCCAGCACACACUGUACAUUGAAGUGACCAACGAAGCCCCCUUUGCGGUGAAGCUCCCGACCUCCACGGCCACCGUGGUGGUCCACGUGGAGGAUGUGAACGAGGCACCCGAGUUCGUCCCGCCCUCCAAUGCCGUUGAGGUCCAGGAGGACAUCUCUGCUGGGGAGCCGGUCUGCACCUACACUGCGCAGGACCCGGACAGGGGGAGUCAGAGGGUCAGCUACCACAUCCUGAGAGACCCAGCGGGGUGGCUGGCGAUGGAUCCGGACAGCGGGCAGGUCACUGCUGCGGGAGUCCUGGACCGCGAGGAUGAGCGGUUUGUGAGGAACAACAUCUACGAAGUCAUGGUCUUGGCCACGGACGAUGGGAGCCCUCCCGCCACUGGCACGGGGACCCUCCUGCUAACACUGGUGGACGUCAACGACCACGGCCCUGUCCCUGAGCCCCGUCAGAUCACCAUCUGCAACCAGAGCCCCGUGCCCCAAGUGCUGAACAUCACGGACAAGGACCAGUCCCCACACACCUCCCCUUUCAAGGCCCAGCUCGCACAGGACUCGGACAUCUACUGGACGGCCAAGGUCACUGAGCAAGGAGAUGCAGUGGCCUUGUCACUGAAGAAGUUCCUAAAGCAAGACACCUACGACGUGCACCUUUCUCUGUCCGACCGCGGCAACAAGCAACAGCUGGCAGUGAUCAAGGCCACCGUGUGUGACUGCCUGGGCCACGCGGAGAAGUCCUGCCCCGAACGCUGGAAGGGGGGGUUCCUCCUGCUCCCCAUCCUGGGGGCCAUCCUGGCUCUGCUGUUCCUCCUGGUACUGCUCCUCUUGCUGGUGAGAAAGAAGCAGAAGGUCAAGGAACCCCUCCUGCUCCCAGAAGACGACACCCGUGACAACGUCUUCUACUAUGGCGAGGAGGGCGGCGGCGAGGAGGACCAGGACUAUGACAUCACCCAACUCCACCGGGGUCUGGAGGCCCGGCCCAAGGUUGUUCUCCGCAACGAUGUGGCGCCAGCCUUUAUCCCCACACCCAUGUACCGGCAGCGACCCGCCAACCCUGAUGAAAUCGGCAACUUCAUCACCGAGAACCUGAAGGCGGCCAACACGGACCCCACAGCCCCGCCCUACGACUCCCUGUUGGUGUUCGACUACGAGGGCUGCGGCUCUGAGGCCCCCUCGCUGAGCUCCCUCACCUCCUCGGCCUCUGACCAGGACCAAGACUACGACUACCUGAACGAGUGGGGCAGCCGCUUCAAGAAGCUGGCGGACAUGUACGGGGCUGGCCAGGAAGACUAG